GUCGUAACGCGUGCUUCAGGCCGCGAGCUGCAUCUCGUUCGGCUUAACUUUCUCGAGCAGCGGCUCAUUGACAGCAGCUUCUGCAACACUGCACCCCAAAACGCCAGUAUGCCGACGCGAAAGAGGCCUACCGACACUGUUGAGGGUGGUCAGCCCGAUCACUCUCUUCUUGUCACGCUUCGAGGCAUGUGGCAAUUCGCGAACUUUUGCCAAUGGGUCUACACGUUUGGUAAAGCUGCGCGGAUCGACGAAAACAUUGACAUCGAGGAUAUUGAAUCUGACUGCCUGACUCCUGAAACGAAUCUGCUUUGCGACAUCGCCCUCGCUCUCCUCAAACUCAUAUCCUCGCAUCGAGGGUUGACUCACGAUAUCUUCGAUAGCCAGGCUCGCAAGCAGUACUUGGACAAGGCACCCGACGCAAAUCCGUUUGGAAACGAUGACGCGCCUGCGAAAUUUCAAGACUUCGAUGUACCCACAAAGAUCCGCGUGCUACAGCAGCUGACUCAGUGGGUCAUGAUCUUCCCCGAGCGCAUUCGAGAGAGAAUGGACGAGCAGCGUGACAUCGACCAAACAACUUGGCGUAUUGAGCCCUACGGUUGGGACAGUGAAGAUCGUACCUAUUUUGUGCUCGACGACAACCGAGUCUACCGCCUGACAGAGCCACCGCCAGCUCCUCCGUCCACUUCAAAAAAGAGAUCAAAGAAGGCCUUUCGAAGCGGUCGUCGAUCGAGCAAGAGACGAAGAACGCAAACAAAUGCAGAACUGGACGCCGAAUUGGACGAGAUGAGCGAACAAGAGCAGCCACAGAAGGAUCAUGAUUCCGCCAAGGCUCCUGACGAUGGGCUGGGGGGUAUGGUGUGGGAAUGUCUUGCUGUGACUUUGGAGGAAGCCCGGCUGCUGAUCGAUGGGUUUCGGAAAAGUCGGGACGAAAACGAGAAGGUCCUACGCAAACAGCUCGAACAACAUCUUCUGCCCAUUCUGGAGAAACAAGAGGAGAGCAGACAGCGCAGGAUUGCUCAGAGAGAGCGUGAACUGCUUACCAUGGCAAAGUUGGCCAAUGCGAAGCGGUCCAGCCGUCUGGCCAGCAAACUCGAACAGCAGAAGCUCGAGGAGAAGGUUAGGGAAGAAGAACAGCAGCAGCAGCAAGCUGCCCUGACGAGACUACGCGAGGAGCAGGCUCGCCUCAAGCGCGAGACUGAGAGAGACUUCAGGAUGGCCUCCCGUGGCCAAAGGUUAAGAGAAAGAGAAGCACGACGAAUACAACAUGAGGAGGAGCUCGCCCACCUCUCUGAAGACAGCAAAUGCCAGGAAAACGGGCAAAGUAGAUUGUCUGAACGACGCAGGCAAGCCGAGAUCGAGAGGGCCCAGCAAGCCUUGAAGGACCUGGACGAUGAAGACGACGAAUGGAUAUUCGACUGUGUGUGUGGGCUCUAUGGUAAGGUGGACGACGGCACGCACAGCGUGGCCUGCGAGAGCUGCAAUGUCUGGCAGCACAGCAGAUGUCUCGGUCUCAGCGAGGACGAAGUGGAAUCUCCCGAGUCCCAUUUCGUAUGCGCUGCUUGCAAGCGACGUCAGGUUGAAGCCAGGAAUGCCAAGCCACAUACCACCAUCAAGCUGAAGAUCAAACGCGAUCAGAAUACAAGCGAUACGCACCAACAUAUGGUCGACGAUCUACGAAACAACGAUACGGCGGAUUCGACCCAGGCUGUGGGUUCCGAGUCUGUGGGUACGCGCCCUCCCUCUCCGCAAAAACACAAUGUUGAGAAGGUGCAUAGCACGGAGAGCACCAGCAUGCCAUGUAUGACGCAAACUGGUCCAGAGCCUAACGGCGCUGUAAGGCUGAGGGAAAAUGAUGCCAGCAUCAAGAAUCGCAUUAUCCCCCCCGAGCAGGUGCACUCUCCCAGUGCUAUGUACUCUGAGCGAACCCCAGGUGGUCUUACGACUCCGUCCGCAGGGAUGCAUCCGGUGUCUGAAUCAAAACUCAAUACGCCUGCCAUCAGUCGCGAAAUAUAUCGUGCCACUCAUGAUCAAAAUGGAAACAUCCCAGCUAGUGGCGGUAUGUCUCCGACAAAACAAUCACCUCACAAUUCCUUUACUUCAAACGGCACAAUCCAAAGCGGGAUUACACCAAUCCGCAUACCGCCAGGCAUCACCCUCUCGCCAACGCCUCAGAAGACGAUCAUGACACCUCCGACCAAACACCAAGAAUUGAGCAGGCCUAAUAGCCAGCAAUAAGUCGACCAUGAUUCCAGACGAGGACAGUCACCGGUGUGGGGAUAACCCAAGUCUGUGCCCAUGCCUGCUGCAGCUCAGCAUGUGCGCAUGUCCAAAGACAGAAUGACGCUACGAUAAUUAGCAACACGCUACU